AUGCACAUAAUUAUUGAUUGCUUCUUUUUUCCAAUAAUUGUACAAUCCUUCGUUAUCAUUAAUGAAGUUCUGAAAUGGAUUGAAGGAUUGAGAGACGAAGAUUAUGAUCCUAAAAUAUGGUUUUCAUUUUGGACUGAUAUACUUAGGUUCUUGAAGUUAGACAGUGAUGGGAAUUUGAGGAUUUAUAGCUCUCCUAAGGGUAGUGGACCAAAUCCAACUGAGAGAUGGGCUGCUGUUAGUGAUCAGUGUCAAGUUUUUGGGUAUUGUGGGGAUUUGGGUAUCUGUAGUUACAACGAUACGAGUCCAAUUUGUAUAUGUCCUUCGGAGAAUUUUGUACCGAUUGAUCUGAAUGAUAGUAGGAAAGGGUGUAAGAGGAAGGUGGAGAUUCAAAAUUGUCCUGGUAGUGCAACUAUGUUGGAGUUGGAUCAUGCAAAGUUCUUGACAUACCCUCCUGAGUUGGUUUCCCAAGUUUUUUUUGUUGGUAUAUCGGCUUGUAGGUUGAAUUGUCUUGUGAGUGGCUCUUGCAUUGCCUCUACCUCAUUGUCAGAUGGGACAGGGUUGUGUUACUUGAAAGUCCCUGAAUUCAUAAGUGGGUAUCAAUCACCUGCUCUUCCAAGCAUUUCGUAUUUGAAAGUUUGUGGCCCCAUAGUGCCAAACCCUUCUGCAUCUUCGCUGGGAAAUGGAAAGGGCAAUGGUUGGAAGCUGCACGCUUGGAUUGUUGCUGUUGUAGUUAUAGUCACCAUUUUGUGUUUGGUCACAUUGGAGGGAGGUUUGUGGUGGUGGUGCUGUAGAAACAGCCCCAAAUUUGGGAGUUUGUCUGCUCAAUAUGCUCUUCUUGAGUACGCUUCUGGCGCUCCAGUCCAGUUCUCAUAUAAAGAACUACAACGUGCCACGAAGGGUUUCAAGGAGAAGCUUGGAGCUAGAGGAUUUGGGGUUGUUUACAGAUGCGUUCUUGCUAAUAAAACUAUUGUUGUAAUGAAGCAGCUUGAAGGAAUGGAGCAAGGUGAGGGCAUUAUGGACAUUUUAGUGUUUACAUUUGAUGACAUCAGCAAGGUCUGUUAG